GGGUGAACGGGUGUCACAGCUUCACCUGGAACGAGACACACGCCAGAGAAUAACGUUACACAACCGCAAGGAGGGAAAUACAGCAUUUUGGUUUUUUAACAGACUUUGGCUGCAAAGAUAAAAUCAUCAAUUGGCAUGGAUAGCAGGCUGGUCAUCACUGUCCUGUUGGCAACACUGUCCUGGGGGUUCCUGGGUUCCUACGGUCAAGAGAGUGAAGGGCCUCGGAACACGACCAACAUGACAUCAGGGAACACGACAUCAGGGAACAUGACGUCAGGAAACAUGACAUCAGGAAUGAACAUGACAUCAGGGAACAUGACAUCAGGAAUGAACAUGACAUUAGGGAACAUGACAUCAGGAAUGAACAUGACAUCAGGAAUGAACAUGACAUCAGGAAUGAACAUGACAUCAGGGAACAUGACAUCAGGAAUGAACAUGACAUCAGGAAUGAACAUGACAUCAGGAAUGAACAUGACAUCAGGGAACAUGACAUCAGGAAUGAACAUGACAUCAGGGAACAUGACAUCAGGAAUGAACAUGACAUCAGGGAACAUGACAUCAGGGAACAUGACAUCGGGCAACAUGACCUCAGGGAACAUGACAUCGGGCAACAUGACAUCGGGCAACAUGACAUCGGGCAACACGACAUCAGGGAACAUGACAUCGGGCAACACGACAUCAGGGAACAUGACCACUGCAGGUACCACCAUGGCCCCAACAACAGCACCGUUUACAGUCGACACCACAGUGGCAAAUCUUACAACGUCUCUAUCAAGGACUGGUUGUCGAUCCAGUCGGCUCUGUGUGGCUGAACCCAGCGACUGCGACCCCUCCACUGCAGGAUCGUGUUUCUUUUUAUCUACAGCGCAGCUGAAUGGUCAAGACUUCGAAUUUGAGCUUUCAGGACAGUCGGAAGGCUAUGUUGGUGCCGCGCUGUCAGUUAACACUGUGCUGGGAGGAAACGACACAACCUACAUCUGUGCUAACAACAACAGUGCUGUUCAGUUCUUUGGCGCUUUGUUAGACAAUGGCAUGCUGACUGAGACAAUGCUAAAUGUGAACAAUGUGAGUGGAAGAGUCAACGGAGAAACCAUCCAGUGCACCUUUACGGCUCGAAUUCCUGAGUCUAUUACGGACAGAAUGACACGAACAACAAGCUUCUCAUUGAACGUCAUUACUGGACCUUUCAAUGCCUCUAAUGGGGAACUGGGAACCCCGACGGCCAGAGUCACAACCAAUGUUGUAAACCUCGCUGAUCCCAAUGCAACUGUGACCAACACGGCUACCAACUCCACCAACACCACCAAUACCACCACCACCACCGCCGCCCCAGCAACCACUGCUCAUGGAGUUACUGUCCACUAUUCACUCAUGCAGUCUCUGCUCAUCACUUUGAUCGUUGUGGGUUUGGCCUUGUUCUGAGGAGAAUGAAAGCCGUCAUGCAUCAUGGACAAAUAAUGACCUUCCUUUUUCUACAAAUGUUCAACUGACUGUAAACUCCUUCAAAUCCCAAUUGAUAUCUGCUCUUCUCAGUUUGUGCAAGAUUGCUCAGAUUAAUGCUGAAUCAGCUGAGGUGAAGAGAUGCUGUGGAAAGACAUUUUACAGGUUUUGGCCUGUUUUUCCAAGCAGAGGUUUGACAUAAUGAAAUAGAGUAACUGGCCAACACAAUUUCAGUUGCUGAAUCUAAGCAGCAUGAACAUGCAAACUCUUUAAAGCUCUCUGUAAACCUUCACAUGAAUUUCUAAACGUCAGAAGUGAAUGUUGUGAAGUGAAAAAUGAAGUGAAACAUUUUCUUUUUUUGUGCAAUAUACUGUAUCUGUUGUUUGUCUUUUAAUGUAACGUUUUUGUCACUUACACAAGACAAGCAAACAAACAAUCAUGCAUUUUGACAGUAUGAUCUUACGGUCGUAUUCUUUGUUGUGUUUUUAUUGUUGUUGUUGUUGAGUUGUGCCUCGACAAUGAAGCCGUUACAGGCUGAUGUUUUGAAGUGGGUUUUUGUGCAAGAGUAAAUGCAGAUGGACAUAAAGAUGCUUUAAAUGCAACAAAAUAUUUGCAAAGUU